AAUACCCAGAUUGCUCUGCGGCGCUAUUUCGUGAUAUCGUUUUCGUUUCACCGCCUGCUGCCGCUGCCGCCAUCGCGAAAACGACAGUGAGAAGUGUGAGAGGUUGGUUUACCUCGGCAAUUCUUUUGCGUGAUUGUUACGUUCCACUGCGAACCGCACAAAUGAAGAUGGUUGAUAAGAUAGAGAUGAGUUUGGACGACAUUAUCAAACAGACCAAGGGAUCUAGGGCGCGAGGUAGCAAUAGACGCGGCAGAGGUGCCGGCAGUUCGCCCCGUCGAGGAGCACGUAGGGCGCAAAGGGUCGGCGGUGGCGUCAUGCGAGGACGCAAUCGUGGUGGUAUUUCGCGUACUUCUCUGCCGUACACGAGGGGUGAUGUGAACAGUGCUUGGAAACACGACAUGUUUGAUGGUGUAAAAAAGGUUGGUCGUGGUGUAAUAGGCAAUGCAGGAACAACCAAGCUUUUGGUGUCAAAUCUUGAUUUUGGUGUAUCAGAUUCAGAUAUACAGGAAUUAUUUAGUGAAUUUGGACCUUUAAAAUCGGCAGCAGUACAUUAUGAUAGAUCAGGUCGUUCUCUAGGCUCUGCAGAUGUCAUAUUUGAAAGACGAGCAGAUGCUAUCAAAGCAAUGAAACAAUAUCAUGGAGUACCGCUAGAUGGUCGAGAAAUGAACAUACAAGUUGCCACUUCUGAAUUACCAGUCACUUCUGUCCGUGGUGGCCCGAGAUUAAGCGGUACUAAUUAUACACAGAGACCUCAAACCCGUUUUAGGGGGAAUCGCGGCACAGGACCUGUCAGAGGUCGUGGGGGUGGUCGACGUGGAGGUAGAGGAGGCACUCGACAAGCGACAAAGACACCCACAGCCGAGGAAUUAGAUGCGGAAUUGGAAGCAUAUGUGAAGGAAGUCAAGUAACAAUGUCACAAAAUUUUCUUUACUCUAUUUAGAUUUUGUUCAAAUUGACUUAAUACAAUAUACAUUGUUGCCCUUACUUUCAUGAAGCAUACAAUAUAAAUAUAAUUCUAUUAAGAUAUA